UAAAGGUGUGUAGUCCCUAGUGCACAGGUAUCCUGGUAGUUAUCAUCCUGAACCUUAGACUGAAGCGAAACCAGAACGGGGCCUGUACCAUGCACCAGGAGGUGUAACUCACCUGAGAGAGCCCCCACACCUGUCCAGGACACCGGGAUGUACCCCAACUCCCAGUCGGUGCGACACCCGGCUCAGACGCUGACACUGAACAGUCAGUACAUCCCGCCUUCGUAUGACUUCACCGGCUAUCAGCAUCACGUUUCCGGGGUCAUCGACCCACUACCGAGUGCCUGGAACCCCGUUUACGCUCCCGGGGAGGAAUUCCCCUUCAGCUUCGCGGGUUCGAGCCCCGGAGGCGGACAGGUGAGCUUCACCUCCCCGGAGCUGAGCAGCGCGCCCUCAGCCGCUGCAGGAGGGUCAUUCCCCGGCUACAGCUUCCUCUCAGGACAGGACCCGUUCAGCUCCAGGAGGAGACCACCAGAGCCAAUCAGACAGACGCUUACAGGAGGAAAGACGCGGACAAAGGACAAGUACAGGGUGGUGUACACUGACCACCAACGGCAGGAGCUGGAGAAAGAGUUUCAGUGCAACCGCUACAUCACCAUGAGGAGGAAGUCAGAGCUGUCGAUGGCUCUCAGCCUCUCAGAGAGACAGGUUAAGAUCUGGUUUCAGAACCGACGGGCCAAAGAGAGGAAGAUCAACAGGAAGAAGCUGCAGCAUUCUCAGCAGGCGUCCACAACGACCCCCACCCCGCCUGUGAUGGGAGCCCACGCUGAUGUUCCCAUCAGCCCUGGCACUAGCUUGGUGCCAACAGACAUAAAAUCAGAGGAAUACUAGUUGGGUUUCCUCAGACCAAAACCAGAGUGUAAAUACUUUUUUAUUUGUACUUUUUUACAAAAUGAUGACUUAAUUAAUAAUUAUUCACAGUAAAAUGACGUAGUAAUGCUGCACCACCUGCCUUAAGCAAGGUGACGCUCCACUGACACCAGAUCCACCGAGCUGCUAUGAUUUAAACACUUCUGUGUGUUAAAUUAAAAUAUCAACACACGCUCACUUUGAGGUAUUUGAUCUGCUUGCUCAGUAUUUGUUUUUUAAGAUAAUAAAAUAUUGGAAAGUGUUUGUUAAUAGAA